AUGUCGAGAAUUACUGGAGACAUGGAUUCUUCAUUCGACCAGAACGAAUCCACCGGUGCAAAUAUUACUGGUGGUGACUUGAAUUCUACGACUUACCAAGAAAAUUUUGGUGCUAAUGCUAUAAAAGAUUCCAGUGCUAAAGUUACUGAUAAUUUGGAUUUGCAUCAAGAAAUCUUAAAUUAUAAAGAUAUGAAAGACAUGAAAGAUAUAGAAGACAUCUCAGAAGAAUGGCUUAGAUUAUUUGCUGUUUCUGAUGAAAUGCUUGUUUCAUUUAAGCAUAGUAAUGGUCCCUAUAAUUUUG